AUGAGGGAUUUGAUGGCGGGUUCAGGCUACGGCCUCAGUGUCUGGAGCGUGCCGUGCUCAGACAGCAGCCAGAGAGACCACAAACUGUUCAGCACACAUAAGGACGUCCUGGCUGACGUGGUGAGUGUGAGACCAAACACUGAGCUCAUCGUUACCGUGACAGCGGCCUCCUCAACCAACCGCCCCGCAGUCAGCCGCAUUCUCAGCAACAAUGAGACAGCAGUUGCUGCCCCCACUGAUCUGGAGGGAGAGCCGGUGGGCUCCAACGGCAUUAUGCUCACGUGGCUCGCCCCCGACGACAUCUCCGUCGAGGCCUACAUUAUCAGAUACAAGGAGGUAUGCCCGUACCCCGACACCAACUUCAAGUACGUCACCGUCCUUAAUAUCGCAGAGACUCUCCUGAACACCUUCGUCCCAGGGUCCACCUACGGCAUCCAGGUGGCAGCAGAGACGUCUGAGGGUGUGGGGUUAUACAGCAAGACUUCGUACAUGAAGACGGCAGAGGCCGUCCCCGGCCUGGUUACCAAUAUGACGGCGGUAGCUGUGAACCACACCUUUGUGAUGGUCACAUGGUUCCUCCCCCGUCGUAUCAACGGCCUCAUCACCAAGUUUGCACUGAAAGUCAAACACGCCCGCACCAGCCAGACUGUCCGCAUGCUGGAGCUGAACGCAGAAGACAUCAUGGCGGGAGCUCUGCCUCACUGCAACGACGCCGCAGACAUCCUGACCCGCGGGACCACCAGUCCGGCGGAAAUGACGGCCUCCGCCCCCUCCAUCACAGAGUCUGCGGUGCCCCCCGCCGCGGCCUGGAGCGUGCCCAUCUCGGUGGGCGUGGACCAGCUGAGGCCCUACACAGCCUACCUGUUUGAGGUGUCGGCCUUCAUCACGGAAGGGGAGGGCCAGGUCGCCUCCUACAUGGUCCGCAUGCCCGAGUCAGCUCCAGAGGACCCUCCGCAGAACAUGUCCAUAACUCAGAUAACCUCUACAACCAUCUCCAUGACCUGGGAGCCUCCCACCAUCAUCACAGGACGAUUUUCCUACGUGGUGUACCUCUCUGGACCCGCAGGGAACGUGAUGUACGAGAACACGACGGCGGACGAGCACCUGGUCCUCGUGGGUCUGAAGCCGUACACCCGCCACAGCGUGGCCGUCCGGGCCAAGUCCGCCCGCGAGGUCGGCCCUGAGGCCGCCUUGGAGGUCAUGACCUCCGCUGAAGCACCAAGUGCGGUGCGGGAUCUGAGGGCGGAGGCAGUGGACUCCAUCUCCAUCCGCCUGAGCUGGAGCGUCCCGGCCCCGCCCAACGGAGUGAUCACCCAGUACCGGCUCCAGGUGCUGGCCGAGGACACGCUGCUGAGGAACAUCCUCUUCACCGGGGAGCCGAAUGAGAAUGACACGGAUACGGAUUGGGUCAGCACCUUGCCUCCAGACCCCCGCGGCCUCUCAGGGCGGCGAAGGCGGUCGCUGGAUCCGACCGUGACCCCCUCCCCGCCGGCGUUCACCCCCACCAUCUCUGACCGCCGGACCCCCUCCAGUACGGCUUCUCCCGGGCGGCCUGUCUCCGACGGCGGCGCUCUCACACCGCCCCCCCUUGCCGACGGCGGCAGCCCUCAUACCGUGCCCCCCAUGGCCCAAGAGACCCGCCCCGCCCCUGACAGCAGCCCCAGCAGCGGCCGCCCCGACUGGGCCUCGACGUCCGCCUCUACGUCCGCCUCGGUGGCCAUCGACGCGGCGUCCGUCGCUAACCUCGCAACCGCGCCACCUUCGGCCGCGUCUCCGCCUUGGCUGACCCAGCAGUCGCAAGCCCCGGACGCCACCUCUGACUCCCCCCCCAUGACGGCGACCUCGGGCCCGCCCCGCACCCGCCGCGCUGACGUCACCGGCCAGACGUCCGUCUCCGCUUCUCCAGCCGGCCUAGUGAACCUAACGAUGACGCUACCGGAUCUGUCCACGGAGACGUCCUACGUGGUGACAGACCUCAGGCCCUUCACCGCGUACGCCUUCAGGGUCAGCGCCUCCACCGUGGCGGGGGAGGGGCCCACGGCCCAAGUGGAGGAGAAGACCAGCGAACAGGUGCCCAGCGCCGUGCGUGACGUGUCCUCUGAGAUCGUGAACUCCACCUCCGUGCUGGUCAGCUGGAGUCCGCCGUCGCGGCCCAACGGGCGGAUCCAGGGCUACACCGUCUACGGCCUCAACCUCAACACCAACGAGACCCUGGAGCUGCACACCAACAGCACCAGUGUCCUGCUGACGGAUUUGGACAAAUACACACCUUAUGUGCUGCGCAUCGCCGCCUCCACGAUGGUCGGAGAGAGCGCCCUGUCUGAGGAGGACGACAUCUAUGUGCUCACCGAGGAAGACGAGCCCGACUCCCCCCCUGAGGACGUGGAGGUGGCGGAGACGAACCCCACCACGGUCACCCUGACCUGGUCCCCGCCCGCCAAGGCCAACGGCCCGAUCCAGCGCUACGAGGUGCUGUACUGGAACCAGACCUUCUCCUCGGCGGUCAACACGUCGGACCCGGGCGCCACGCUCACCCACCUGAAGCCCUUCUCCCGCUACCACGUCUCCAUCAGAUCCUACACGCGCCUGGGCCACGGCAACCACACCUCCGACACCCUGCAGCUGCUGUCCGGAGAGGACGUGCCGGGCAGUGCGGUGUACAACCUGACCUACGCGUCGCUCAGCCCCAGUGAGGUGAACCUGACCUGGCAGCCCCCGCUGGCGCCCAAUGGCCUCAUCCUGCACUACAGCCUGGCUCUGUGGAACGCCACCCACUCGCUGGACCUCACCUCCAACGCCAGCUCCCUGUACAUCGGCCACCUGCGCAAGUACGCCCGCUACAGCGUGACGGUGCAGGCGCACACGCGCGCCGGCCCGGGCAACUACACCAGCGAGCCACUCAACAUCACCACCCUGGAGGACGCGCCAGACACACCCCCUCAGUUCCUCCAUUCGAAGAAGGUGUCUGACUACCAGGUAGAGCUGUCCUGGGACCCCCCGCUGGAGGCCAAUUCAGACGUCCUGUACUACGUACUCAGGGUCUGGAAUGAGACAAGCGAGACAUGGUCGAACGUGACGGGCACCUCGGUGGUGAUCACAGUGGACUCUGAGAGCCAGUACAACGCCUCCGUCUCCAGCUGGACCCGCCUUGGAGACGGAGGGGUGGUGGUGUCCAUCAGCUUCACUACACUGGACUCAGAGCCAUUUGACCCCCCACAGAACGUGACGGUUGGUAACGCGACCACCUCCUCUGUCUCCUUCACCUGGAUGCCCCCCAACGAGCCCAACGGCAUCAUUGUGUACUACACCAUCCACUACUCUGAGAACGGCAGCUUGGCCCAGCAGACUAUACCAGUGUCUGCGUUGCCCCCCACUGGGUCCCCUGGCUCGCCCUACUCCUACACUCUGAAGGGACUGGUGGGAGGAGCCAACUACACCCUGUGGAUGACCUCCAGCACCUGGCAGGGUGACGGAGGAGUCAGCAGCCCGCCCCUCACCGUGGGCCUACCAGAGGACGUGCCCAAUGACCCCGUCCACAACCUGACGGCGGCGAACUUCAGCUCCCCGGGCUUCAUCGUCAGCUGGGACCCCCCCGUGGAGCCCAAUGGCCGGCCCUUCUACCUGGUCACCCUGCAGGAGGCCCCCUCCACCGGCACCCCGCUGCCAAACAAGACCAACAGCGUGACCACCAGCGAGCGGGGCCGCCUGUACACUAAUCUCAAGAAGUACACAGCGUAUGUGUUCACUGUGACCCCGGCGACCAACGCCGGGCCCGCCUACAACCACACCAGAACCAUCCACCUGAUGACCGAAGACGACGUCCCCAGCUCUCCCCCGAUCCUAGUGUCCGCCAAGAACCUGUCGUCAUCCUCCAUCUCUGUGGUCUGGCAGCGCCCCCUAGAGGCCAACGGGGAGAUCACGGAGUACAGACUCACACUGCUGGGCCCGCGGGCCUCCAACACCACCACCGCAAACACCUCGCUCACCCUGGCUGACCUGGUUCCCUACACGGUUUACAACCUCAGCAUCGUGGCCCUGACCCGCAAGGGCCCCGGGCCUGCGCUGUGGCUGCUGCUCCACACGGAUGAAGCAGGCCCCAUGUCUCCUCCACGUCACCUGACCAUAUUCAACCACACCUCGUCGUCUGUGUGGCUGAGCUGGGACCCCCCCCUCGAGCCCAACGGGGUGGUCACACACUACGGCUUCAGGAUCCGAGAUGACAACACACACACUGACUCUUACCAGAACUCGUCCGAUGCGGUCACCUCAGCCCAUCUGUCAGGCUUCAGACCCGAUGGCUCGUACAACAUCAGCGUGUUCAGUUUCACCCGAGUGGGGCACGGGGACCAGUACAGCAACCCCGUCAGCUUCACCACCAACGAGUCAGUGUCUGACACGGUGGGCAACCUGUCUUGCUGGGGGAUGAGCUGGGACUCCGUUCAUCUGUCCUGGGACCCACCGGCAAACCCCAACGGACAGAUCCUCUCCUAUCAGGUCCGGGUGGAUUCGAGGGCGCGACCCUUGGAAUCCAGCUCGUCAGAGCUCACGGUCAGCGGCCUGGUGCCCGACCAGACCUACAUGCUGUCUGUGAGCGCUGUCAACUCUGCAGGGCUGGGGGACCCAAUGAACUGCACCGCCGAGACGCACCCAGAGUCAGUUCCAGGCACUCCUGGCUUCCUGAACGUGUCUCUGGUCACGGCCACCAGCGUAACUCUGGAGUGGGCCCCGCCCCAGGCCGUCCCGGGGGUGCUGAGGGAGUACCGCAUCACUGUCCAGCUGCUGUCCCCUGGCUGCCAUGAGCCCCAGCUCUCUCCCCCCACCACCAGCGUCAACACCACCGCCACCGCCCCCACUAGGGCAGCAGGGGAGCUGGCUGCCGGCUGUGCUCUGGACUCAGAGACGGUGGUGUCGGUCAACGGCUCGGAGGGCGCCGGGGGCAACCACAACUACACACUCGGAUCGCUGGCCAAACACAGGGCCUACCGCUUCCAAAUGGCGGCCAUGACCAAUGCCGGGGUGGGGGAUCAGACAGCCUGGAUACACGCACACACCCUCGCCGGAAACCCGGAUGAACCUCCUGGUAACCUCGUCGUGGACUCCACAUCCCACAGCAUCCAGAUCAGAUGGGAGGCUCCCAGAAUACUCUCUGGACCUACCUCCUAUCUAGUUCUGUUGGAGACUGCCGCCAGCAACGUGUCGGUGGUGCGUGCGCCCGGUGAGCUGCAGAGAGUGGUGGUCACCAACCUGACGGCCUUCACCCUCUACUCCGUCACCGUCACCGCCUUCACCGGACACCUGGAGCGGGCCGCCAGUGACGGCAAGACCAGUGAGCCAGCACUGGUCAGGACCCAGGAAGAAGAGCCCAAAGACCCACCCGAACACCUCACCCCGGCCGAAGGGGUGACCCGAGUGUACUUGACCUUCAACCCUCCGCAAAAACCCAACGGGAAUAUCAGUGCCUACCAGGUGGAGGUAACAAGAAAAGGCUACCCGCAGAGUCCGCUGGUGAUGAACAUCAGCGGCCUCAACGUCAUCCGGAACCCCAAUUUCACGGUGACGGUCAUCAUCGAUGGACUGAAGGGAGGAUAUAACUACAGCAUACGGAUUGCAGCAGUAAAUGGAGCAGGGAAAAGCCCCUUCAGUCAAGAGGUCAACAUAACAACAGGAAUGACGGCCCCAGCCAAGCCAACCCAGAAACCCCAGGUGGUGAUUAUCCGAGGAGAGGUCGCCGUGGUUACCCCCAGGACCAUUACCAUCCACAAGCCUGCUUGUUUUUACAGCGACGACAACGGGCCAAUCCGACACAUCCAGGUCAUCGUGGCUGAGUCCGGGGUGAAGUUAGACGAAAUUCCGACCAAUUGGAAGACUGCAUUUUUUGAACAACCUGCCCCCUACCUGACGGACGCGGGGUUCCCCACCCCUUCCUGUGAGCGGGAGAGGGGCGUGCACCGCGGCGCACAGCACCACGACGGGAACGGUCUGGGCGUCGCUCUCCACGGCGGCCUGCUGGGGAGGGGCGUCGACUUUGGGGAUGACACAUACGUCAUUGGAGAAGAUGACAGUUGUGGAGAGGAAGAGGAAGAGGAAACUCUAUGCAACGGACGUCUAAAACCAAAUACUGGUUAUGUGUUUAAAUUUCGGGCUACUAAUAUUAAAGGCGAAUACACAGACUCUGAGUAUUCGGACGAUGUCAAAACUACAGUGGAUGGGAUGUUAACCCGAGACGAGCAGAUCAUUCUGGGAGUCCUGCUGUCCGUCUUCCUGGCCGUGUUCCUUAUCACCAUCAUCUGUGCCUCGAUCAGAAUUCACCAGCGCAAAAAUGAGGGCGCCACCUAUUCCCCGAGGCAGGCGGAGAUCAUCGAGACCAAGUGCAAACUGGACCAGCUGAUCGCUGUGGCCGACAUGGAGCUGAAGGAGGAUAAAGUUAACCGGUAUUCAUCGUUCUUCUUCAGACGGAAAGAGAUAUAUGUCAUCCAACUUCUCAGCUACAGAAAGUCACUCAAGCCUGUCAACAAGAAGUCGUUUUUGCAGCAUGUGGCCGAUCUCUGUGCCAAUGACAACACUAAGUUCCAAGAAGAGUUUGCUGAGCUACCCAAGCUGCUGCAGGAUCUAGGCACCUCAGACGCAGACCUACCAUGGAACAGAUCCAAGAACCGCUUCACCAACAUCAAACCGUAUAACAACAACAGAGUGAAGCUGUUGUCCGAGCCAGGAAUACCCGGCUCUGAUUACAUCAAUGCUAGCUUUAUCUCAGGCUAUCUGUGUCCCAAUGAGUUCAUUGCCACCCAGGGUCCGCUACCGGGCACUGUGGCAGACUUCUGGAGGAUGGUCUGGGAGACUGGAACCCGCACCAUCGCCAUGCUCACACAGUGUUACGAGAAAGGCAGGAUCCGGUGUCAUCAAUACUGGCCAGAGGACAACAAGCCGCUGACGGUAUUUGGGGAUAUAAUCAUUACCAAACUGGCGGAGACUGUCUCCUCGGACUGGACUGUGAGGGCCAUCAAAGUUGAAAGACACGGGGACUACAUGGUGGUCCACCACUUCAACUUCACCACCUGGCCUGAGCACGGGGUGCCCGAGUCCAGCAGCACGCUCAUCCAGUUUGUCAAAGCUGUCCGGGCCAACAGACACGAAAACGCCACCAUAGUGGUGCACUGCAGUGCCGGUGUGGGCCGGACCGGAGUGUUUAUUGCCCUUGACCACCUCAUUCAGCAUAUCAGUGACCACGAUUUCGUGGACGUUUACGGUCUGGUGGCUGAACUGCGCAGCGAGAGGAUGUGUAUGGUGCAAAACCUGGCCCAGUACAUGUUCCUGCACCAAAGCACAUUAUCGCUGCUUGACAGUAAGGGCAACAGCCAGUCGAUCUGGUUUGUAAACUACUCCGCUCUGGAGAAAAUGGAUUCUCUGGAGGCCAUGGAAGGUGACGUUGAGCUGGAAUGGGAAGAGACGACCAUGUGAUCUUUUUAUUUUUUAUCGUUAAGAUCCUUCCUCUGUUUCUAGGUAACAUUAACAUUGAGAGUGAUAUUUGGAGUAAGGGCAGCACUCUAGUGGGGAGCUGCGGAUCAGGGAUGAUUUGAAACAAACAACGGCUGAUUUCAGCCACCUCGGCUCAUCUCUGUAGCAUCAACGUGUUUUAAGAUUAUGUUUUAUACGGAAUUCGCAAAAAAGAGAAAAAGUGGAUAAAAAUGGUAAACAAUGUUACGAAUGUCAAGAUAUGGCUUGCUUCUAGAAAGAGCAGCAGCACAUACAGUGUGUAAGCACACAAGUACUCUGCACAAGUAUUUUCAAUGUGUAUCGUUUGUCACAGUGAUAUCGUUAUUUAAACAAUCUUUGUAUUUUCUAAGAUCAUUUAUUCAGCCAAAAGUGUUUGUUUGUUCUGCAUUUAAAUGUUUUCCUCUGGUAAUUGAUGGCUUCUCUUUGGUGUACUUUUUCCUAAAGAGUGCCGUGAUUAAGUAAAAUAAAGCAAUAUUUUGUUUGUUCCACCUACUGUGCACUGUUCUUGGGAUUGGGAAAUGCGUUUAUCCAAUAAACAGCUUG